GGGGACACAGCAAGGGGGCCCUCUGAGUGGCAGGGACAGCUAGGGCUGGAAGGGCAGAAGUGGCUUCAGCCUUGGAGGAAAGGGGGGUGAACAGUGCCCUUGCUGCAGCUGGUGCCCAGCCCAGGAAAGGAGCCAUCCACACAUAGAAGGUCCUUGGCCAUGGCAGGUGUGGUGUACCCCAAACAGGACCAGGUGGAUUUAGCCAUAUACCAAAGCUCCUACAUGGUGGACUACCAGCCCUAUGGGAAACAGAAACAUUCUACAGUCUCGCCGCAAGAGCAGGCAAAGCUGGACACCCAACUCUGGAAGGAAGAGCUGUACAGGCCCAGCCCUGACCCCACCCCCAAGCUGGCAGAUGGGUACCCCGCCUUCAAAAGACCCCGCAUGACCGCCAGAGACCUGGGGCUCCCCGGCUUCUUCCCGCCACAGGACGACGCGGCCAGCGCGGAGGACCAGCGCCCUUUCAGCAGCAUCUGCGGCCCCGUGUACCCCGCCUCCCUGGCCCUGCACCUGGCCCGGGGUCCCCCGAACCUGCUCCAGCAGAGCGCCCACUUCCCCUGCCUGCUGGAGCCCGAGCGCCAGCCCGCUGCCCACGAAGGCAAGGGCUACCUUCUCCUGCCUGGCUGUCGCUGUCCGCGACACCAAAGCGCCAAGGUCCCAGUCCUGUACCGUUGGGGACCCUUGAUGCCGUUUUACCAGUAGGAGGAGGGACAACCCGCCGUUCUGAGGGCGCGCGCAGGGUGGGGGUGGGGGGUCCUGGCCCCUGCUCAGAUCUGGAGGACCAGAAGGGAAUUAAAAGUUAAACUGGAAAGAUG